UAAUUGAAUUUCAUUAACUAUGAAUUAUUCUUUUAAAAAAAUAUAUUGUCUUUUCGCAAUUUUCCUCUUCAGCUGUAAGUUUGGAAUAUAUAUUUAAAUUGUCUUUAUUUAUUAAUUUAUAAAAUAAUAUUGAUACAAGUGCAAUUGUUAAAAGUUUUUUUGUUUGACAAAAAAUUCCAGUAAAUUAUGAAGUGGUAUUAGCGCAAAAUAGAAUAAUAGGAGGAAGUGAAACUACAAUUGAAAAAUAUCCACAUAUGUACCUUAAAAGGUAGUAAUUUGGUAAAUUCUUGUGGCGCUUCAAUUAUUGGCAAAGAAUGGGGACUUACAGCAGCACAUUGCCUUGAUGAUAAAAAUAUUGAUUUCACCAAGUGUUAUUGCUGGAAGUUCUAAUAUAAAAAAAUUAGACAAAACUUCAACUAUACAUAAAGUGAUUGCUGUAAUACGACAUAAUCUUUAUAAAGGUUUGAAAGCAAAUAAUAAUAUUGGAGCCGAUAUUGCUGUAAUUAAAGUAAAUCCACCAUUUACUUAUAGCAACGUAAUUCAACCAAUUAAAUUACCGAAAAAAGGUGAAGCAUUGAAAACAGAUUCUGCCACAGUUACCGGAUGGGGAUACACUUCACCAGGUGGACCGGGCUCUGAUAAGUUGCGUGCUGUUUCUGUACCAAAAGUUGAUUUAAAAAAAUGCCAAAACAUAUAUUCAUUUGGUCAAAUGAAACUAAGAGAAGGGGAAAUUUGUUAUGGAGUCAAUAAAAGAAGAGAUGUUCGCGAUAAGUGUCAAGGCGAUUCUGGUGGUGCACUUAUUAAUUCGGACAAAGUGGAAAUUGGAGUAGUUUCAUGGGGUGUCGAUUGUGGAACGAAAGGAUAUCCUGGAGUUUACACUGACGUUCUCUAUUUUCGUGAUUGGAUUAAGGAAAAAACAGGAAUAUAAGUCGAAAAUUAUGUUAACAAUUCUGUAUAAAAAUAUUUGUUUGAUUAAAAGUACAAAGAAGUUAUCGACUAAAUUCGACAAACAUUCGUUUUUUUUGUAUUUUGAAAAAAAUUAUUUUUUAGUUUUUAGUUUAUAGUAAGUGGCUAUAUUAAUUAUUUAUAGCCACAAGAAAAUGUCUCUUAAAUAUUACGCCAGAUUCGAUUGUAGAGAAUGAGGGGACUAUAAAUUGUA